GUUGUGGAGAGCAGCCAUAUACCUAUAGUCCUUUGUAGAACGUGUCUGGGGUUUGGUCUUCUGAGGAGGUUACGUGACGGUCACCGAAGGAGUUUUAUAGUUUCUGAAGGAUUAUCUUCCUGUAAUAGAAACUCCAACUGCCGGAUGAGUCUGUAGGUCGGUGUCAUGUCGUUGCAAUAAAUCUCAGAGAAACUGCGCAUAUUUUACUUACGUGGAGGAAUUUUCAUAUCAUAAAUCUGACCAUAAAAAACGACUUGCUGGAUCAGAACCUGGGUACCCAACAAAAUACAUCGGAAAGAGCCUGUUUUGGGUGUUUUAGAAAUGUACCAUUCAUUCGUCUCAUAGAGUUACUUGAUCGUGCCUAAGACAUUUAUCGUAAGAAAAGUCAGAGAAUUGGUGGUUUUUAUUAAAUGAAACAUACAUGCAUAGUUUAUGUAAAUUAUUGCAGGAAAUGACAAUAAGGCAUAGAAACUAUCAAAGGUGUAUGUGUUGUUUAUGGUUGCUAGAAAACCUUUUUGCCGCUUUAUCAUUUUACAGAUGACACCACCACGUUGAACAGAUAACGAAGUCAAUUAAUCACAAUUAAUACCAAUCUGUAUUUCCAACAUUUGUAAAAAAAAUUCAUGUUUACAACACAUAAAGAAUACUGCAUUUCUACUGAGCUGUCUUCCUGUUUCUCACCAUUACUUCCCCCAAAGAUUUUUGCCACAACACUCUCUUUAAAAUUCUUCAAAGAAACCAUAUGAACUUAUUACAUACAAAAACGAUUGUACAAUGACAAAAUACAGUAUUCAAAGUAAUUUAUACACUGGCUGUGCUCUAAGUGAUUAAAGUCACAUUCGUUUUGUUUUAUUCAUCUUUGAUUUAUGCGAUAAGUAAACAGUGCCUGGCCUUAUACAAUAGCAGAUCAUAAACCAGAUAUCAAACUCUGCCAAAGAUGUCUUCCAUAAUUCGUGUUUAUUGGUCCGCGAAGAUUUUUAUCUGCUCGUUAGGGGGAACUGGCGACUUGUGGUGGUCGUUUCUCAACGGAAGCGUGUUCGAAGAAAAAUGAAAACCUUCUUGGCAGGUCUUUUAAACCAUUCAGGCUUUUCAAAUACGGAGACUGGGGCUUUGUGCCUGGAGCCCCGCUUGUCACUUUGAUGGGCAGAGAUAUUACAAUUAGUCGUCAAUACUGGGGCCUGAUCGGUUCCAUUUGUGGUCAGAGAGGCGGCAAAUUGGGUGAUUCACCUUCAUUCAUAGUUCGUCCCCAUUGUGCCGAAUAACUGAUCGCGCCCAAAUACUCGAAAAAUAUACCGUCCACGACUAAUGGCACAACUCGCUGCCAGGCCACCCAGCUCAUUGUGUUGCAAGUCCUCGCUCGAGUGACUGCUUAAAACUGGUGCUGCAGUGUACGCGUGUAUGCAGCGUAUAUACAUGUAUGUCCUGGUCUGCGAGUGCAGACGGUUCACAGCGUUGAUUGAAGAGGGAGUCAGCGGGAUCUGGUCUGGCGCCCGCCGUACACUCGGCAUUUGAUGUGGUAUCAAGCAACUUGAUGAACAACGUAUCCAUUGAAGACGCCGUCGAACUCAAACCCCUGCACCGUGUCUUCCCAGUCCAUGCUAGCAACUUGAUUUUCUAAGAAACUGGUUGGAGGACGAGAAAAGCUCGGGAUGGAACGCAUUAAAAAUCGUUCUUAACAUUAACAUCGUUUCACCUGCAGAAGUGGCGCUAUUUAGGCCAGCUAAUGCAACGCAAGGCCUUGAGGAGCCCAAGGGAAGACGGAGAGUCUUAGGUGCAGCGCGUCUCAGCUAUCAGGUAAAAACAAGUCUGAUGAGUGUUUGUGUAGAGAAAUUGACUUGAUAGCAGAUCUCUUAAUCGAAUACGAAUAGCAGCGGAGUUGCAACUAUCAUCAUUCGUUUAAGUCUACCUUCAAUCCCUGACUCUAUUGUACACCUGUACCUAGACUGGAGACUUACGGUACUCGUUUCGACGGCUCGCCUACAAAGAAAAUGCAUCAACAAGUGGACACUACGGCCAACGGGUAAAAACGCUAACCAAACUAAUGUGAUAAGAAGCGUAGCAAAUUUGAAGCUCAAACGGAUCUACGAUUGAAAGAAAUCAGGAUAUUGCUAAAGGCCCUUUUGGUGGCAAAUGAGACGAUUUUGACGGACGCCAGGGCGACAGAGGUGGCAAGAAAAACAUUUUAAAUUGCUCGGCAGGAUUUGCAUUGAAGGCUUGAACGGAGUAUUAGAAGGUAUGACGAGUCUAGCAACGAGUACAUCCUACGAGCGGUUGAUGAACUACUCGAGCGGAGGAGGCGUGUCAGUGAUGGCAAACCCUGCAGGGGUAGACCUGUCGACAGAGGGCGCCCUUAACGCUUCGACAACGGAGAACCCUUUUGCUGAUGGGGAGAAUAGAAUCUCGUUUUAUGGGGAUCUUCAGCUGAUUGUCUUGUGGGUAUUGGUUGCGCUGACAGUCGUUGGGAACUCUACAGUGCUCCUGGCAGUUUUUGUCAUCAGACACAAGAAGUCCAGACUGAAUUUCUUUGUUGCUCAUCUCGCCGCCGCAGAUCUGUUGGUCGGCGUCAUAAACGCUGGGUAUGAGAUCAUAUACAAAUACAUGGGAGAAUUCUAUGGAGGAACUGUGUUCUGCAAGAUUAUACGCUACUUACAGGCGUACGUAAUCAAUGCCUCUUCGUUCCAACUUGUUGCACUAAGUUUGGACCGAUUUUUCGCGAUUGUGUUUCCGAUGGACUUCUCCGGAAGUGGCAAGCGAGCAAACCUAAUGGCGGGCACAGCAUGGAUCGCCCCUUUCUUCGCCUCCAUUCCAUCAGCCAUAGUCUUCGAAGCCAAGAUGGACGGGUGGGGAACCACUCACUGUUACCCGCCACCGCUCCAGCCAGGCUCCUGGCAAUAUAAGGUGUACACUUUGUACGUUGUAUCAGGAUUCUUCUACAUCCCUCUCAUCGUUAUUAGCACGUGUUAUAUUUUCAUGGUGGUGUCAAUUUGGAGGCGUAGCAAGUAUAUGAUGGGCCAAAAACCGGACAAGGUGAAGGGAAAAGCAGCCUCCAAGGAGAUGAAGCACAGAGCCAGCUCUAGAGGGCUCAUUCCAAAAGCAAAGAUCAAGACACUUAAGAUGACAGUGUGUAUUAUCGUCGCGUUCAUAUUAUGCUGGUGCCCUUUCUCCAUCUUCUACACACUGGACGCGUUUCGUGUCAUCGUCAUUGACGAAGCUAAUCUCAACACAGCGUUCCGUGCCUCGGCCUUCAUUCAGAACCUACCGUACCUAAGCAGUGCCAUCAACCCCUUCAUCUAUGGCUUGUUCAGCACCAACAUUUGUCAGGAACUCAGACGAUUUAGAGUCAUCAAUUGGAUGGCGACGAAGCUGCGGUGUUGCAAGUCCUGGAGGCCUUCACGCUAUGGGAGAUCCACACUGCGGACUGACACCAACUUGACCGAUAUGUCGGAGGGAGCCAGCGGGACGCACCGCGGUCACAGCCGGCCCAUGUACGUCUACACGCCCGCUCGGACCAGUAACAGCGACAACUCCAGGGAGAUGCCCAACAGUGCGAUGUGAUGAGAAACCCGAUUUAGUC